AUGCGUCUUUUUCGGGGGCUUCUUGCCGCAACGAAAAAAACAAAUGUCACGGAAAGCGACGUGAAACGAUUCCCACUCAUCCUGUACAAACAAAUUUUAAGACUACAUUAUGGUUUACCAGCACCGGUACGCGAAAUGGGUGAUCAAUAUGUUCGCGAUGAGUUCAGAAGACAUAUCAAGGCGGAGCCCGCGCAAGCAAUGGUCUUUCUUCACGAGUGGACGCAUUACUAUAGCGAUCUGUCGAAGCAACUACACGGGAAAGGAUUGCGAGGAAAUCUUGGAAAAGAUAUGCAGAAUGAGCAAUUCGAUCAUUUCUCCGAGGAACAAUUACAUCAACUACUCGAAUUGAAAGAGGAAGCGGAAAAGACGAGAAAUUCAAAGAUCGUCUUU